UCUGAGAAGACUUCCUAUAUAAGGAGACCUUCACUGUUUAUAACAAACCAUACAAUCUCAAGAAAGAAGAAAUGGAUAUUGCAACAGAGGCACCCAAAGCUCCUUUGACAAGUGAAAGGAAGGUUCGAGCAGACCUUGAAGAAUAUAUACCCAAACCCUAUUUGGCAAGGGCAUUGAACACUUCAAGUGUGGAAAAUCCACAUGGAACAGUACCAGGACAUGACAACAAUGGAAUGAGUGUUCUUCAGCAACAUGCUUCCUUUUUUGAUCAAGACAAAGAUGGAAUUGUUUAUCCCCGGGAAACCUACAGAGGUAUGAGGAAUCUUGGUUUCGGUCGCUUCGAAAGCUUUUUGGCUGCAAUCGUCAUUAAUGUGGCAUUUAGUUACUGGACUCUCCCUGGAUGGUUACCAAAUCUACAUUUUCCUAUAUACAUAGACAGAAUACAUAAAUGCAAGCAUGGAAGUGAUUCUUCAACAUAUGACACUGAAGGAAGGUUUAUGCCAAUGAACUUUGAGAGUAUUUUCAGCAAGUACGCUCGAACUGUGUCCGAUAAGUUAACAUUCGGAGAACUAUGGCACAUGACUGAGGCUAAUCGAAACUCAUAUGACUUCAUUGGCUGGAUAAUAUCGAAGGGAGAAUGGAUAGUUUUGUAUAGACUGGCAAAAGAUGAAAAUGGUUAUCUGUCAAAAGAAGCCGUGAGGGGUUGUUUCGAUGGGAGUUUGUUUGAGUACGUUGCGAAAAUGAAUAACAGUGGUAGCAAAAAGAGCUAUAGAUUGAAGGAAUGAAGGUUGCUGCUUUUAACAUACGUGUAGUUUGAGUAUGUUGCCAAAAUAAAGAAUAAGAAUCAGUGAUUCAAGCAAUGUAGGGUGCUAGGAUUUAAAAUAUACAUGUGCUCUUUCUAUUGAUCAAGUAAACUUCUUCCAUCUACUUCAAUUAAAAUCAAGAUUUCAUCUGUUUGUACAAGAA